GCCGGCGACCGCUGGGCGAACCGUUAGUGCGUCGGGCAAAAAUACCUUACUGGUAUCACUUUCGGCUCGUUACGUUCUGCGUUCAAAUACCGCCGAGGUCGACCUUGCCUUUUAUUCGUUUUGGGAUUCGAUAAAAUAAAGUACCAGUCAAGUACUGGGUUUGAUGAUAGUGACUAACAUCAUUCACUACUACACUUCAAAAGUAUCUGACCUUGCCCCUAUAUAUUAUUAUUAUUAUUAUUAUUAUUAUUAUUAUAAAAGUAUUUUAAUAAUGGUUUAGUGCAAAGUAUUUUUGUUAGCAUAUACAACAUUUUAAUCAAAUGCUACGAACAGAACAAAAACAAAAACGACAAUUAUAACAAGUAGAGCAUAACAAGAACAAAUUUAAUAUUUCAAAAACUAAAAAGAGUACACUGAAAAAGUACUGUAAAAUAAACUAAGAGACAAAAACAGAAAAAUAUCUAAAACAACAAGGAAACAAACAAUACAUCAGCAACAUAACCAACAAAAGAGAAAUCAAACAAAAUAUUAAAAGCUUAAAAUCAAAAAGGGUUAUGACAGUAAAAUCAACAGGAAUUCCGCAAGAAAGGCGCAAGAUAAACAACAGCAACAAGUACAACAACAAGCAAAACUAUUUUUAUGAAUUGCACCCUCUGCCACAAUUUACAGAUGAAGAAAAUAACCCAGCAACCCAGUUGCGUCAUUGAGUCAACGAACGAAAACAACAGAAAUGACCAUCGUUCAAACUCUGCCAGUGUAGAUCACCAAUAAACAAAAAGUUGUAAUCUAAACGAAGUGCAGGUUCAUUGAUAAAAACAACUCGCCUACCUACCAACCAGUCAACUUGAUAUAAGCAUAAUAACGAUGUAGACUGCUUCUGCAUCACUUCAGAUCUCUAAUUUGAUUCCACAUCAGCUGUAAACUAUCACCAACAGGUAGCAAACUACACGCUAUUCUCACAACAGCUUCGCUGCUGCUUGCUCGCUCUACAACAGAUUCACAAAUACACGCUAUUCCCUACAACAACAAAAAAACUAACUUAAUCGCUGGCUUCAUACUCAAAAAAGAAAACCAGAUUCACUCGAAGUCCGAUAUUCAUAGCACAGGUUCAGAUUUACAGCGCAACACAACUCUUUAAACUAAUAUUAAGUUUAUUGUUGGCUUUACUACAGAUUUACACGGUCUCCCGUAACAGUUUCAUAAGCAACCUCACAACAGAAUUCUUUGAUGCUUCUUAAUUGUCACAAGUUCGAAGUUGUUCAGCUCUCACAUGUGCCAAAUCACAUGCUAACCUCAGACAAGAGUCACAUCUAUGAUUCCUAUUGCAGUUACUUGCUAACCUAAUAACAUGUAACGAGCUUACAUGAAGACUCACUAAGUCAUUCCUUUGCUCUAACAACUGUUUUAUAGUUUAUUCGUUAUUCGCUGUUCGAACAGCGAUUUUACGGUUACCUGAAAAACUCUCAACACUUAUACCUCCACCCAGGAUUUCCAUGUCUACCAGGUUAUCUAUUUUUAUAGAUCUACUCGUCAUCAGUACAUCAGGUUUAAACUUAACCUCGGGCCACACAGUACAUCUACAGCUAUUUGCUCACUUUGCAAUACAUACACAGUAACCAACAACUUCUGCAACAUUUUCAGAAUCGUCCACUCUCUACAUAACUCAUAAGUCACAGAUACCGCACUCGCCUCUGAUUGAUUGCUAGAAAUUAUAAAAGUUUGCAACAUGUUCUCUACGUAUUCGCAAACUGCACAAAAAAUAGCAACCAACCCACUUACUUGCUAUACAGAAGAUGCCAAUUUAACCUCUACCUACUCGUAACCGGAACUGCAAAACAUACCCAAUAUCUACCUACCAUUUUCAAAAGAAUAAAUUUUCCACUCAUUCACUGCCCGAAAGACAAAGAACAAAUAGCAGCCAAUAAGCAGAUUACCAAUUUAAAACACACUAGAAAAACAAUAAACUAUCAAGCAACUUCCAAACCACACUGAACUACAUGUAACGAACACAACAACCAACCUAGUAAACAUAAAGUAAUCAAUUCCCCAUACAGAGCCACCCUUACCUACCGUUACCUACCGUUACCUACCGUUUAGCGCUCGAAGAACAUUGAAACGAGCAUUCGAGAGCUGGAUGAACUACAUUACAUCGAGCAUAGAAGCAACAAAUCGCUUCAAAUAUGACAAUUGAUAUUCUGAAAUUCAACUCUGCUGAUCCAAUAAAGAUGGUUGGUUGGAUUCCUAUCUUCUGUUCAUUUGCUGGUAUUUCUGUCCAGGAAUCUCUUCAGGCUGUUACAAACUGGGAUUUGGAGGAAUUUUCAAACACAUGAAUAAAAGAGUUUGUACACCAAAGUUACCUAUACAAUCAUUUGGAAUACUUUUCUUGCCAUAUUAAAAUAUAUCUUCACGUAUUAGUGUUGUAUGAAACGGGUUUACUAUGAAAAAUGACUACACGUACCGAUACGUUGAAGCCAAAUGGCACCUCCGAAGUGGGGACAACCUGCAAACAGAGCCCGGAUAUCAUGGAGGAAUCCUCCAACAGCAUGCCCAUGUCUGAUCAGUCUAUGCUUUUACAAUGGUCGGACGAUUCAUGUGAACCUGACAGCAGUACAUCAACUCAAACAAAAGGAAACAUAAAAGAGCAAAAACGAAGACCAAAACCAAAAGAUGGCACCAAGUUGAUUUGUCGUGUUUGCAAUGAUGUUGCCCUUGGCUAUAAUUUUGAUGCUGUCACUUGUGAGUCUUGUAAAGCUUUUUUCAGACGGAAUGCUCUGAAGAAAAAGGUGUUUAACUGUACAUUUGAUGGUAACUGUAGAUUAGACCCACAUACUCGAAAAUUCUGCUCAAGUUGCCGUUUAAAGAAAUGUUUUGCUGUUGGUAUGAAAAAGGACUGGAUAUUAAAUGAAGAACAGCUUGCAAAACGGAGACAAAGACUUACUUCAUCACAACAAAACAAUACCCCAUUAAAUAAUAAUAAUAAUAACUCAUCACCAUCUCCAUCAGCAUCCAGUAUCAGCUCAUUUGAAUAUAUGCAGCCACUAUAUGAAGACGCUGAGCCCGCGCUCGACGUCCCAAACUUAAAAACCUGGGUCUAUCCUGCAGACAAAUAUCCAGUCAGCCAUCACCUGUUUUGGAAUACCUUAGAAGUGUCGGAGUCAAUUUCACAAACAAUUACAUAUAUUCGCAUGGUCGUCCAAGAACAUGAAAACACAUUUAAUGAAAACUACCCCAGUGGGGCUUUUGUAAUACCUAAAAACACUAAGGAAUUUUUUGUCCUUAGUAAUGUGUUCAUAUGUAGACUUAUCAAUUUCAUGAAAUACAUUCCAGACUUUCAAAAGCUGCCCAAAGAAGAUCGUAUAUCCAUUUUCAGAGGCAGCAUCCGUGAAGUAUCUUUAAUCCGAGCAUCAAUGGCAUAUUCAUAUAUUGAAAACAUGUGGGUAUUCAAAGACUGCAAUGGAGACAAGAGUUACCUGGACACAAAUAUCUUAAAGGCAACACUUGGUGAUUGUUUGUACUCAAAGCUUGCACAGUUCAUUCGCAGCUUCAAAAUCGCCACAAACGACGACAAAGUUAUCAUGAUUCUCUUACUCCUUAUUGAGUUCUUUGACCAGGACAAGUCAAGUUUAUUGAGUAGUGAGGUCGUAGUAGCUGCUCAGGAAAAAUACACAUCCUGGCUCAAAACAUACAUUGAUUGUAAAUAUAACGAUGAAAUCGGCAAAGUACUUUUCCCACGGGUUCUCGUCAAACUGAUGGACGUACGAGAAAUCGGUGAAAUCUGUAAUGAAGCAACCCAAAACUUUCUGCUACAAGGCAUUGAUCCUUUAACUGCAGAAGUACUUGACCUCAAACUAAUGGUGGACAAAAUUGGAAACUCGCCUUGAGAGUUUUCAGUAACCAUUGCAACAAAAAUUAUUGAAAAAUAAAAAGAAAAAAAAACAAACAAGAACAGCAACAACAGUAACACCAACUAGUAGCGAAAGCGAAUGAAUGACCCUUAGCAAAGAGCCAAUACUGUUUGUGUUUGUUGUUUUCAUUUUUCUCCCCUUGUCCCCCUCCCCUCCAGAUAUGAACAAAAACAACAGCAACAUGACAAAAGAUAUGAAAAGAAAAAAAGAAAUGAAACAAAAAGAAAACAGAAAAAAUAACAAAUAUCAUUAUUAUUGAUGCAUUUUGUAAUAUGUGUGUGUGUGUGUGUGUAUAUAUAUAUAUAUAUAUAUAUAUACACACACACACACACUUUUUGUUACCAUUCUAUUUUUCUUCCAGUGAAAGAGAGAGGAAUUCCCUCCAUAACACUUUCCUCUAUCACCACCACCACCACCACCACCACCACUAUACUUUGUGUGCAUAUUAUGGGCAAAGUUUAAGAAAUUAAAAGCAGGGGAGAGAGAGAAGAGGAAGUUUGGGUUCAAGGAGGAGGAAUUGAUAAAAGUAAUUGGGCAAAACCGUGAUUUGAAAAGAAAAUAUGAUGGUGAGUGAAUGAAGUAAUAAGUGAAGACAGGAUGAGAGAGAGAGGCAGGUAGACUUUUACCAUUACUCACACAUGCUUAGGUACCUACAAAUCAUUCAUAUUUGAUAGCCACAAACUCCAUCCAGUGUUUCUAGAGGCUUCUAACAUGUUGGUUCAGGUAUUGUGCAGCUGUUUGUCAUUACUACAUAACAUUGUUCAAUGACUGUGACCAUUUGCUAUUGAUAAUUGUUGUAACUAUUUUAUUGGUGUUGUUGCUUGUGUUGCAAUUAGAGGAAAUGACUCAGCACUACUCAUACAUGAUUAAACAUAAUGGAAAUAGAAAAAAAAUAACAUACACACACACACAUAACACAUGAGUAUGUACUUUCACAAACCUAUGUACACAAUUGUAGCCACAAAUCAGCAUCACAAUAGCAGCCACACAACAGGCAACCAACAUGAGUACAAAGCAAUCCCACCACAACGACACACAACAUGAUAACAAAGAUAUCAGCCCAUUUAUUCUCAACAUCAACAAGGAUAUCAUGUGAUAAAAACAACAUGUAACCUCAUGAUGAUAUCAACAAACAAAAUGAGCAACACAUAAGCAACAACAGCACAAUACAACAACAACACCACCAUGACAGCAACAGGAACAUCAACAUACUAUUUUGUAUAACAAAAUUUCAACAACACACUAUCAAUGCAUGAGUAAUGGAAGACAAUAAAGUAGAACAUAGAAGCAACAAGAACAAUGCACAAUAUAGCAGCUUGAGACCUUUCACAUGUUUGCUCAACUUGCUAGAAACUGCAGUCAGACUUCUACUAAAAUACUCAUUGCUGUCUUUAUAAAAGUAUAAACGCAGAGGAUAAUAUAAUCCUUGGUAUACUACAUCGAUAAGCAAGGCAGGAUAGUCCCAUCUAAAAUACAUUUGAUCAUGGCUCUUCUGAACUAGGACUGACAUGGAGCUAAACAACCUGUCAAUGUUUCUUCCUCCAUGAUCCACCACACUAGAAGUUCUAAAAACAAAGGGUUGAACAUAUUCGGAAUAAGUUGAGCCCUUGUGACAUAAGUUAAUAUUCAUUAGAAGCAUUGAUAUAUCAGAACUAAUCUAAGCUGUACUACUACACUUUCAUUACAUAACAGCUUCCUCACUACACCAGCAGCAGCCCAUAGACUUAUCAUCAUAAUAGCAACACCAGAAACAGGGAAAUGCAAUAACAGCAGCUAUUUAGAGCCUGAAGUAUUUUUGUACAUCUGAAAAGGAAAGUCUUUACUUUGUGUGAAGCAUAGCUUUGGAAUUGUGAAGAAUGUGUGUUGGGUUGAGCAUGAGCAGCACGAGAGGUUAUCGGAGAUCAUUUGGCCUAGUAUUUAUAAGUAGUACAGCAGUUUGAGCUGAAUGUAGUGUUCUUCCCCUGAAAUGUUAUUGGUUUGUUUACUUGAUGUGCAAUGUUUACAGAAGGCAAUAGACUGACAGAAUCAUUAGCAUGUAAUGAAGCAUUUAGUUAUGGAAUUUUACAUUCAGAUUCUAUCACAAUCAACUUUUGCCUUUCAUCCUUCACUGAAGUACUUAGAUUCAGUAUGAUUGACUGUGAUCUGAUGAUUUCACCUGUACAUGAGGAUUUGGCCAGCUGUUCAUUAAUGAGUAGGUAGAAAUUACCAAUGAACAUACAGGGGCCUCCAAGUACUGAAUCCUAAAAUUUUGUGCAACAUUAGUGUUAACUGGCUCAUGAAAGAGUGAAAAUUAGAAGAUAUUUAUGCAACUUUUUUGGGGUGUUAUUUGAGGGGAAAACUACAAGUUGGCAAGUCUUAUUGUUUUGUAGAAAUGUUUCAAAUAUUCUUUGUUCACAGAAGUCUGCUGACAGACAGGUAUAGGUUGCUUCUGAACAGAGCCCAUGUGCAAGAAGUGUGGCUAGAGUGGUCAGUAAUGGUGUGGGGUCAUAAUCAGAUAGACUUCUCUGAGUGACUGUGUAGGGUUAAGAAUUACAGUGUAUAACAGGGGAAAGGUGUUGUGUGAGAAAUGACAAUUGGGCUGUGAGGGAAACCCAGAAGUUUUGGGGAGAGUGCUGUUUCAAGGUGGGAUGAAGUAUAGGAGCUAUUGAGGUUGACUGGUUACAUCUAUGUUUUUGUGAGAUAUAUAUAUGUGUGUGUGUGCAUGUGUACAUAUAUUAAGAGAAGCACUACACAGUAUUAGGAACAAUAGCAAUGUAGGAAUCUCUCUCUCUCCUUGUAUUUGUAUAUAUAUAUAUAUAUAUAUAUACAUACACACACAUUCACAUUUUAUAUACACACAACGACAACUCGAAUACUUCAUGAUAUAUGAUUUUAUAUAUAUCAAGUCAGAGAAUGUGUACAACAGUGUGAUCAAUGAAUGUUUGCUAUGGUCUUAUUUCACAGUAUGGACAAAUAAUUUAGUGUUAUCACAUAUAAUCAUCAUCAUCAUCAUAAUCAUUAUUGUUAUUCUUAUAUUAUUUUUCUGUUUUUAACUGGGAACUGGAGUGGUAAAAAUGGCAUUGUAGAAUAAAUGCUUAAAAGUAUUAAGUUUUUAGUAAUACUAUAGACUGAGUUUGACCCCUACUGAAAUCACCAUUGUCCUUCUCUUCUCUAGAGUGAAUAUAAAAAAAAAGGUACCAGAUAUGUACUCAAGUCAAAUCAAUCAACUUAUCUUUCUACAAAUCUGUGGGUUUGUACCAAUGUCAGAAAUUGUUGUUAUUAUCAUUACAGAAACAGUAGAAUUCUGGACUAAGUAAUGCUAAUCAUUUGCUGAAGUUGAUUCAGUUGGCUAUAUUGUGUUUCUUAGAAUUCUGUGACUGUGUCACUGUGAAGAAUCAUAUUUAUUCUUGUCAGAGAUUAUUACUACUUUUGAUAUUGACACAUUACAUAGUGGUAAGUCUACAAAACAGUCUGUUCAUAAUUUAGAACCACCUCAUUUCAUUUAUUACUGAUGACCAUAAGAAGAAGCCAUAAACAUAUUUCAUUUUACAUACAUCUUACACUGCAAGAUAUUCCUUUCAUCAGCUGUCAACAAUCUUCACCUUUACUUAUCAUAUUGCUCCCUCCAGUGGUGCCAAGCAGCAAUGAUGCUACCUGGGGAUUAUCCAACUUCUUUUGGUCCAUAUCAUGAAGUUUUUUUAAUUUUUACCUACCUCCUUGUUAUAUAUAGCCAUCUACCUUGUGUACUUCUUUAAAUAUAACUUUCUUCAAAAUCUCAAAAAUCAAUAUUAUGAUUUUAUUUUUAAUGUGGUCCACUAGUAGAACUUCUGAUUUUUCAGUGUUUAGGUUUAUUCGUCAAUGUUCUGAGUUCAAACCCUGUCAAGGACAACAUUGCUUCUCACACUUCUUGUACUGAGGGAGUUAGUAAAAGUAAAUACUUAUAGACAGUGGAAUUGAUUCAAUCACCAAUGUAAAACCUAACAUUUAUCUAAUACCAAAUAAUCCUCAUUAUGUGUCAACUAUCAGAUUUGUGUUUGACAGUUUUGCCUGUAAUGUAGCUGAUAGGCAUUGCAUUUUAGAUAUGCAGGCAUAAAAUGUCUAUUUCACAUUCAGUAUGUGCAAUCUCCAUCUUUGUCACAGAGGAACCUUGUCCUAAAAUUCAUGAUUUAAAACAUAGUUUUACUUUUCCUUCAAAUCAGGAUCUUAAGAGAGAUUCACAUACAUAGCUACAAUUGAGCAAAUCAAGGGACUAUUGUAAUAAGAACUUAGAUGGUUUGUAGAGAAGAUUGUGUUGUAUGUUGUGGAAGGUACUGCAUGAUAGGGCCACAGAUUUUUUUUUUUUUUUCAUUUCCAGUCAUAAUUGCUUAAUUUACAUCUCUAAUGGUUCUUGACAAAAGCAUGAACCUUCCUAACAUGAAAACCUUCAAUUUUAAGAACUGUAUCUAGUUCAUUUUCUUUUACAUUAUGUUAUUGUUAUUAUUAUCAUUAUUAUGAUAUUCUGUUUUUUAUGUUCUGAUUUCAUAUCCCACUGAGGCAAUCUUUGAGAAAGGAAGGGAUCAAUAACAAAGUACCUGUCAAGUACUGGGGUAAUGGUAAUGACUACUCCCCACCCUGACAAAAUUGCUGGCCUUAUUCCCAAAUCAGAUGCCCUUUAUCAUUAUUAAGGAGUGAAAGAACUCAGCUUUCCUUUACCUUCAUUAUGGCAUUUUAGAAAGAAUCAAACCUCACAUCUCAGCACUUAGUUUCUUCAACCACUCUGUAUAGCUCAAUUUUAAAAAGAAAUCCUAGUUAAUAUUAAUUUUCUGGGUUGGCAUAAAUAAUAAAGACCUGGACUAGAUAGUCUUUCACUAUUUAGAUGCAUUCAUCUAUGUUGUGAUUUUAAAUCUUGCCUGGACAAUUUUGCUUUCUUCCUAUCAUAUGUUGAGAAAAUAUGCACUAGUCAUAUAUACUAGAAUCAGUUUGAGAAUUUUUCCCAAUAACGGAAGCAAUAGUUGUGAUAACAACAACCUCUCUAUGUUAACAAUUAAACUGCAUCAUCAAUAACAGACAAUAUUAUAACAUUAUCUUCUUAAGUGCAGCAGCAGCAUCUAAUGAUCAUGGAAGUGUGCAUGAGGAGCUGCUAUGCUUAGUAUUAUAGCAUACAAUAAUAUUGUUGAUGAUAAUUUCAGAAAAAAUAAAAGAGAACAAACUAAGGAAAAUGUAAUUAACAAAAUAAUUGAAUUGUAACAAUUUGUUUCAUAUUAAGAAGACAUAUAUUAUUAACAUCAGCGAGAUAGCAGUAGAUUAUGAACGUUUUUCAGACUUCUAAUAUAUCGGUUUCAAAUUUUGGCACAAGGCCAGCAAGUUCAGGCAAGGGAGAAAGUUGAUUACAUCAACCCCAGUCCUCAACUGGUACUCAUUUUAUUUAUCCCGAAAGGAUGAAAAGCAAAGUUGACCAUGGUGGAAUUUGAACUCAAAAUGUAAGGAUGGAUGAAAUACCACUAAGUAUUUUGUCCAGCGUGCUAAGAAUUCUGCCAGCUCACCACCUUAGACUCCUAAUAUAUUGAUUUGUUACCCUGGAACUACUGAAUGUUCAAUACAACAAAGUUGACCAAAAUUAACGUCAGUACUUGAUGCCUAUUUUAUCGGAACGUAAAAGCACCCACUACACUCUCGGAGUGGUUGGCGUUAGAAAGGGCAUCCAGCUGUAGAAACUCUGCCAAAUCAGAUUGGAGCUUGGUGUAGCCAUCUGGUUCACCAGUCCUCAAUCAAAUCAUCCAACCCAUGCUAGCAUGGAAAGCGGACGUUAAACGAUGGUGAUGAUGAUGACAUUAUAAUGAUACAGUUAAGUCUUUAUAGGCUUUGAACUCACAACAUUAUACAUCCAUUAGUUCAUCUAACUCUCAGAAAUUAGGGUGGUCUUCUAUCUAGUAAAAGAGAUUUAUAUCUCAUCAAUUUAAUUCCUGCGAAUCCCUUAGUUACUUCUAUUCAUAUUAAGCCUGAGUGAUAUUUUUUGUUUGCUUAUGCUAUUUUAGGUUCAAUUCCUAAUAAGUUGGGAGGUGUGGUUAGUUUAGGAAUAUCUAUUGUUGUGUUGUUUGCAUGUCCUCUUUUAGAAGCUGUAUAGGAUUAAGUUAUAAUUUUUUAGGGCAGUUUUGUUUCUGAUUUUUAGUUGGUGUGCUUUUUAUUUUAACUUGAACUGGUAGCUGUCCUGUGGAGUAUCCUUAUGAAAUAAUUGGUCGGUUACUAAAUAUUACUUCUGAGUGUGUGCUGAUUCAUUUAUUGAAGCAUAUUCUCUUUCUUUUAAGAAGGUUAUUUUAAAGUAUGAUUAUCUUUUAAUCAUGGUGAAUACUAAACGAUAAAAUAAGAGAUGUAAAGUUAGCUGGUGUAUAGGACUACCCAUCUCUUACUUUGUGAGAUCAAAUCUACUGAAGGCAUUUUGUUGUGUUUCUAGGGCUGAAGAUUUUAUUAUACAUCCAUUAGUUCAUCUAACUGUGAGAAAUUAGGGUGGCUUUCUAUCUAGUAAAAGAGAUUUAUUUCUCACCAACUUUACACUAUAAAAUUAAGCACUAGUCCUCUACAAUCUUGCCAGAGUUUAUCAAAUAUAUACUUUAACAAGUUAAGACAUUUACAUCUAACUUUAUGCCUUGUCUGCCAUGUUACAUGUUGAAAUCUUGAUUAUACACAUACACUCACACAUAUUGUCUAUUAUGUUUUGAUGCUAAGAUAAGGACCAAAUUACUUUCCACAGUUCAAUUUAAUUGGCUAAUAAGAAACUAUUUACUGCUUUGCAGUCCAGUCAUUAAUGACAGACAGGGCAUUCUUGAUAUGCCAGUAAAUGUUGAAGUUUAUCUAGAAGUAAGAGAAUCUAACAUUUUGCAGCACUUAUAUCUUCUAAUUGGUAAUAUAGAAGCAUUGUUACCUUGGUUGCUAGAUUGCAAACUGUCUUCAGAGUUAUAAUAAUUAAUAAGAAAAUCAUUGGAAAAUAUGUCUUGCUGUAAUUGUUCUAGGCUCUUUACAUUCUGAGUUGAAAUCCCACCCAGAUCAACUUUACCUUUCAUCUUUUUUAGGGGUCAGUAUAAUAAAAGUACCCAUCAAGAACCGAGAUCAAUAUUAGUAACUGUUCACCUUCGCACAAUUUUCAGGCUUUAUGCUUAUGUUUGAAACAAUUAUUAUUAUCAGAGAUAUUAUACAAAGUUUAGUCACAUUAAAUUAAUGAUGUAUAACAAAACCCGUCCAGUCCAUGCUAGCAUGGAAAAUUAUUUUCAUUGUUAUUGUGAGUAAGCCGUAGAGUAAACUAGAUGUUUGGGAGGCUGGAGUAUUCAUAUCUCAUUUAAGGACUACUAUCUUAACUUCGUAUUCAUCUUCAUGUACAGAGUGCAUCUAAGGGUAAGUCAGCCUAGCAGAAUAAAUCUAUCCAGAAGUUAAUCCUGUGAAAGGAUUUGAACUCAGCUCUGCUAGUUAGCAACAUCAACAGACAUUUACAUAAUGUGCUAUUGUGAGUUGUACUUCCUCAUAGCACCUAUUUAAAUUUUAGUGCUCUAAUCCAUUUCUAGAAGAGUUGAGUGACUUGUCCGCUAGCAUUGCACAUUGCACUGCUGGUGAAUCUGGCUCAGUAAGAACUCUGAAUCUCAUGUUUCUCUUCAUAGUAAAAUGGUUGCAUUUUUGAAGUUAAUACAUCAUAAAAAAUAAUAAUUGUUUCUAAUUUAGCCACAAGACCAUCAGUUUUUUUUUUUGUUUUUUUUUUAGGAGAAUGGGUUAAUUAAUUAUAUUAAUCCCAGUGAUUGACUAGUACUUUAGUUUACCAACCCCUAAGGGAUAAAAGGCAAAUCCUUGGUAGGAUUUGAACUUAGAACAUAAAGAGCCAGAAAAAAAAUGUCACUAAGCAUUUUGUUCAACACUAAAGAUUCUGAUAGCUCAACAAGGCUUACUAUAAAAUGUAUGAGAGUAACGAAAAUCAUAGUAGUACAUAACCCACUAACUCACAUUUUGCUAGUACAGUUUAGAAAGGAUAAAGCACAGUUUGUGGAAGAAUUAUUAUGGUAUUUGUUGACUAGACACAAAACUUUAUUGUUUAUAGGAAAGAAAAUGAACUAUUGUGAUGUUCGUACUUUUCCCAAGGGAUUAGCAAUGUAUGUGAAGUGAAAUCAUUCCAGCUGGAGACUGAAACCUUCACUUUGCUUGGAACUUCUUUAAACUACUUACCACAGAAAAAAAAAUCAUAUGCAUGGUACUAGUAGUAAAAAGAAACUGUAGCAAAUAAAUAUAAUUCACCAUGAGAAUUUUAAGUGAUUGGAUGGUUAUGUUGUUGUGUAUACAUAUGACUUCUAAAGCUGAAAAUAGUUGUUUGAGUUACUCAGAAGCCUUUAGUUUCAUGUAAAACACUUGUUAAGCUUUUUGUUUAACAAUUGUUAUAUACAAACCUCAAAUUUCCUGAUUAACUUCUGCAGUGUUUUCAGCAUCAAAAAGAAAAUAUACAUAUUGUCUUUUUCUCUACUUUGUAAACCUAGAUGUGGUUGGUUAUAUAUAUAUAUAUAUACAUACAUACAUACACACACACAGAGUUAUGAGCAAAUGAUUUAGAAGUUUUCUUCAUAAUUAUGACAUCCCUGAUUACAUUAUAUACAAGUAUCCUUUACGAUGGUUGAAGCAUGUCAGAGGAACUGUAUCUAUAAUUCAAAGGGCCUGUCAUGUCCUGCACAUUUAUCACACAGAUUCUGCCUGAGAAUUACAUCAAGGUUAAUUCAUACUCAGUCAUAAGAUGAUAAUUUAAUCAGUAAGCAGUUUACUUGAUUCAGUAACUGGAAUACUCAUCAUCAAAAUCAACAGAGAUCCAUCUAUAUUUUUCUUUAUCCACACACAUAUAUUAUAUAGCAAGAAACAAGCAAUUGAUUAAUAAUUUAACUCAAUAGACUAGAGGGUAAUCUCCUCUUGAGCUGAACCUGUCAUCUGGUUUUCAAUCCCAGUGUUGUUUCAUUUCACUUAUUUUGCUAUUGAUCUCAAGGAGGGCAUCAACCCCAUAAAAUUAAACUAAUCUAUCUCUUCUUUCUUCUGCUAUAAACCUUAAUGUUUGUGUCUCUACAAUGCAUUAGUUUUGACUACAAUUAAAACAAGAAAAUUUUCACCUACUUUUCUGUUUCCAAGAAAAGCACAAAUCUGAUAAAUGCAAUAAAGAUUUAUUCAUUAGUUCUAAACUCAGCAUAAAGAAUUUAAACAUAAAAAAAAGAAUAGAAUCUAAAGCAAAUAUUGUGCAUUAAGAUGAUCAAAGACCAUACUGAUCAAUACAGUGUGGAUGAAAAUGAAUAAAGAUAUGGUUGAUUUUUCUGAACAUUACUUAUUUUCUCAACUUACAAUUUUUAUUGUUUCUUUUUGAUAGGUCUUUUUUGUUUUCCAUUCAGUUCCAAAACAGUGAGUUGUUCUUUUGUUAAAAGAGAAAAAUAUAUGUAGGAUAUUAGGUACUAGUUUUGUUCUUGUUGUUUUACAGUCGAUAUCAGCCCUACCAAAGUUAAACUACUACAUAUUUCAAAAAUAGUUAGCCAAAAACAUUUCUGUAGGAGUAACUCUCUCAUAAGUCAAACAUCCUUAUUAUAUUGAUGUAAGAUCACCAUAUUAACAGAGGCAAAUUUCAGUAUAUCAUCAGUAUACUAGCUCCAACUUAUUAAAUUAUAUGCUAUAAUAUCCUUAAAAUCUAGAGUUUGUGAGAAGAAAUUUGGUUACUAAAUUGAACAGAUCAAAUGACAGUUUAUUAAGUUCUUCACUGUUUUGACAACUGUUCUGGUGUUAGAAAUCCAUCAAGUAAUGGAUUUGUAAUGAAAUGUGGGACUAGGAUUUAAUAAGGCUUAUUAUAUGGUAGUUGAUGUUAGAAUUGUAGGAUGCUGCUGUUGUUCAAUCUCACUUGAGGUCUGCUUGAUCAAAUCUAUGGUCCAUACUUAGCUAAUUGAACAAAGCAUUCAGUAGAGGCUUAAGGCCCUGCUAUCUUGUAAAGCAUAUAAUCCAAAUACUUAUUGAGAGUAUUGUACAUAGUACAUUGAACAAACCAGGUGAUUUACACAGAAAAUUCAUGUUGGUUUCAAGAAUUACUGGCAGAACAAAAUAAGGACAUAAUAAUGAAAAGUUGAAGUCAGAUGUGAAGAUAUAGGGAUAGUUAUUUGAUGACAACUGAGCAAAUAAGUAUUAUGUAAUAAUGUUCAAUCAUGGCUUAGGUAUGAGAAGUACUGGUACACAUAUAUGGAUAGUUGAAGGAAGUGGUACAAGAUAUAAAUUUGUUAUGGAAACUGAUCAUGUGAAGUAAAUGAGAUUAUGUAAGUGUUUGAACAUGUGAAACAAACUGAUGAAAUUAAGUGAAUCCAUUUGCACCAAAUAAAAAAAAUGGUAUGGGAAUGGAUAAUGUGAUUAGUGGUAGCAACCAAUAUUAUAUGGAACUUCAUAGAUUGUGGUUAAAGAAGUGAUGAAUGAAUUAAAUAUGUCUGACCAAGAGUUCUGGUUUUACAGAAUUAAAAACAAGGUUAAGCAUUAACUGGUACAAAGCAAUGAUGGUGAUGAUGAUGGUUUUGGUGACAAUGGCAAUGAUUGUUGUGACAAGAUGAUGACAGUGUUGAUGCAAUAACAACAGUGAUGAUGAUAGUGGCAGUGGUUGUGUUUUUGUACUCCUGUUUAGGUUUCAAUGAUAGGCCUUUUGAUUCACAAACAAAACAAAUCUAGAGUGGGUAAUUAAACUAUUUUUCUUCUUAUAAAUAUGAACCUCAAAUCAAAAUUUAUUUAAUAAUAGUUAUAAAAAUAACAACUCUACCAUUAAGUGAGCAUAUCACAAUUCCCUUCACCACAGCCGCUCUCGUCUUGUCCAUAUUUGUUUGAAUAUGUUAUACCAAAUUCUGCCAUAGACCCUCCCCCGAUAAUUUUUUUUUUUUUACUUUUUUAUUUCAUAUGUGUUUGUGGAGGUGAUACUAUGUUGAGUUUUUUUUUUGUUUUGUUUAUUUUUUUUGUGCUUUCUUCCUGUGUGGAAAUAAGAUUUUGUUGUCUUCAUUCAUAGGCUCCUUCCAACCCAGUAAAUAUUGCCCAAGGAGUGAACAACACACCAGAUCUUUAUGCUGCUCUUAGUGCUGGCAUGACUGAGUCGUAAAUUUACAAGGACUAUAUAUUUCUGUGUCUAUGUGUGUGAGCAUGUAUCUGUGUGUGUGUCUAUAUAUAUAUAUAUAUAUAUAUAUAUAUAUAUAUAUAUAUAUAUAUAUAUAUACACACACACACAAACUCACUCACUACAUGCACAUACAUGCAUUAAAAUGAAAUCGAUUACCUUUUUAAUCAGAGAUUCAGAGACUUUAAAUGCCAGCUUGCUUGCUUGCCAGCUUCUGGUAUCCUCUUGUUCUUCCUAAUAUCAUCAAUAGAAAUUGCAUUACAUGGAACAAUUUGCACCUUUUUAGUGCAUUUUCAGUUAAUACAGGAGAUGUGCUUGUGCACUCUUUUAAAGGAAUAAUGUUUCGAGUACUUUUUUUUCUGUUUUGUUGUUGUUGUUAUAUAUACAUUUUUUUCCCCCCUUCCUCAGAACUGUUUUGACAUAUAUAAGCAAACAAUUGGUUAUACAACAACGUCAAUAGCACUCUCACUAAAGAGCACACUUAAAACAAACAAACAAACACACACACACACACACACACAUAUAUAUAUGUAUAUAUAUAAACAAAGAGAAACUUAAGUCUGCUGAACUAAUAAACAUUCUGUGAUUUGAUAAGUUCCUCUUUUAUUAAAUUAAUGGUUUUAA